AUAACAAAAAACAAGAAAAUCCGAACAACAAAUAACAAAAGUUUUAAUCCACAAAAUGCAGGACAUAUUCCCCUCUCUGGAUGGCCUGUUCCUUGGCCUGCCGGGACACUAUUCCAUUGCGCUGACCACUCUCCUCCUCUGCGUUUUGAUUGCUCUCUAUUUUGCGAACUUCUUCAAGGACAAAACCGAACUGGAGGACGAAGGAUUAGGAGCUGAUGAACCGCGUGACGAGGAGGAAUCCGAGUCCCGAACACCCCAUGAGGAGGAAACCGAUGACGAUGAGGCCUACGAGGAAAACUCCACCGACAGUGAAGUAGAAUUCAUUGAGGAUCAAGAUCCUGCUGGCCAAAAUUACAACCACCUAAUGGGCCAGCUCAAGGCCAAGAAAUUCCAACACAAGAUGGAAAAGACUCUGACACCGGAUCAAAUCGAGGAGGAGCGCAGGAUCGAACGGGAGCAGCUGGCGGCGAUCUUUGAGCUGCUGCGCAAACAGGAGGCGGAAUUAAAUCUCCAGGAUCGCAUCAGCGACCAGGAUCUCAAGAAGCAGGUGCGGCUGUACCGCUAAAGAAAAAGUAACCACAAUACAAGAAGCUAAGCAGAAAGGAGCUCAGCUUACCUGAAAGCGGAAACAUGUGUGAUCUAUAAGUUAAUAGUUUCGUUAUUAUGAUCAUCGCUUACUUACUGCAGGAUUGUCUUGAUUUUACAUUUUUUAAUCUGAUUUGUGUAUUAGUUUUGGUCCCUGAAGACCUUUUCUGUUUUAUUAACCUUUACCAAAAAACUCAUUUACCCAUUUUAUUGCCGGGAAGUUUUAUGAAAAAUGAAAAUUUAGGACGUUACCAGAAUAAAUUACCUUUCUUUUCGGACAAUCUUGAAUUAAGUAAGCGAGUUAUGCUGUUUUUUAUGUAAGAUUUAUAUAAAAAAGCCAAUCUUUAGAUAAAAAGCAGCAGAUAAAAGUAUUGCUAGAAAAAAUUAAGCAUUUUCGGGAAAUUAGUUUGCCAAAUUCGUUCCUUCGGUUAGCUUUAAAUUGUACUUACAUUAGCUUAGUUGCUUUUACUAAGAUUUUUGGAAGAGAUAAAGUGUGUAGUGUGUUGUAUAAA